UCAAGCUAAUAAAUUAACAAAUGUAAAAAUACUCUCCCUGACGCGUUUACCAAGACCCUCGUUUCUCGACGUCGGUGGAGCGGGAGCUCGCCGGCGUCGCAUCCGUUCCGUCUUCUUCAUGGUUUCUCUUGCUCCAAGUCAAAGCUCUCGUUCUGCUUCUUGUUUCGCCUUUACUCAAUCAUUUGUUCUGGAUCUGGGGAUAUCAAAACUGGAGAAGACCUUCAUGGUCUCUGCUUGGCUUUUGAAGACCACCGGACCUGCAUUCUCCACCGGGGACUCCCGAAAACUCGGUAAAAAGACCACCUCUCCCCACCUCGACACACACAAAGGAUGGCUCUCUCUCUGCAACAGAUCUGCAACUUGCUCCGUUUGCGCAAAUGGCACCUCGAUUCAACUCUUUCCCUUCUCUGAGUUCAACUUUCAGCUGCGCUCCAGAUCUGAGAGGACCUCCAUGGGGUGCUUCGGAACUGAGCUACUCUCAGAUAAAGCUCAAAGCUCAGAGAUAAAGAACACCUCAAGCUGCAGCAGUUCAUCACCUUCACGUUACAAACGGGACUCCGUAUUUCUCCGGAGUGGCUACUCAAUCCAUAACCUUCCGAUCUUACUGGUCCCCUCUCCUCCAUCUUGCGCCACCGCCCUUCAUCCCAGAGGCGAGGUGUGCCCUAACCCCACCGCACGCACGCUGCUUUUCGAGCUCAGAUCCGACGAGCGUGAUGCUGACAUCAGCCCUUCCAUUUCCUUUAUAUGGGCCAGGCCCAUACAAUUUUCAAAAGGGUAACUAAGAAGAAAAUGGCAAGAAGAGAAGACGAUAUGGAGAAAGUGAAAGACAAAUCUGAGCCGUUGCUGCUUCCGGAGAAUGGAUCCGACGUCUCAGAAGAAGAAGGAGCGUCGUGGAUGGUUUGUCUAAGCACAUUCAUUGCCGUUUGUGGUUCCUACGAGUUUGGAACCUGCGUGGGGUAUUCCGCUCCGACCCAGUUCGGGAUAAUGGAAGAACUUAAUUUAUCAUAUUCCCAGUUUUCAGUUUUCGGAUCUAUAUUGAAUGUGGGAGCAGUUCUUGGCGCUAUAACAUCGGGAAAGAUCUCUGAUUUCAUCGGUCGGAAAGGGGCCAUGAGGUUGUCUUCGGUGAUCUCUGCCAUCGGCUGGAUGAUUAUAUAUUUCUCCAAGGGUGACAUACCUUUGGACUUCGGUAGAUUUCUCACGGGUUAUGGUUGCGGUACCCUUUCGUAUGUGGUUCCGGUUUUCAUCGCCGAAAUUAGUCCGAGAAAACUACGAGGAGCAUUGGCUACGCUUAACCAGCUCUUUUUAGUAAUCGGAUUGGCUUCCAUGUUCCUCAUAGGUGCCGUCAUAAACUGGAGAGCUCUUGCACUAACUGGAGUUGUACCGUGUGUGAUUCUAUUUUUUGGGACUUGGUUCAUUCCCGAAUCACCUAGAUGGCUGGAAAUGGUUGGCCGCCACCGCGAUUUCGAAAUUGCGUUGCAAAAACUGAGGGGUCCUAACGCCAAUAUCGCAAGAGAAGCCGAUGAAAUCAAAGAGUACUUAGCGACUAUAGCGCACCUUCCGAAAACCACACUACUAGACCUUAUUGACAAAAAGAACAUACGUUUUGUCAUUGUUGGAGUUGGUUUAAUGUUUUUCCAACAAUUCGUUGGAAUAAAUGGGGUUAUCUUCUAUGCACAGCAAAUUUUUGUAUCAGCAGGAGCAUCUCCAACUCUUGGAAGCAUUCUAUACUCGAUCGAACAAGUCAUUCUUACAGCUCUAGGCGCAACGUUACUAAUUGAUCGGCUUGGAAGAAGACCACUUCUUCUUGCUUCAGCUGUGGGGAUGCUGAUUGGAUGUUUGCUCAUCGGAAAUUCAUUUCUUCUAAAGGCCCAUGGUUUAGCACUUGAUAUCAUUCCGGCCCUAGCAGUUAGCGGUGUCUUGGUCUAUAUCGGUUCAUUUUCGAUUGGAAUGGGUGCAAUCCCAUGGGUUAUAAUGUCUGAGAUAUUCCCAAUAAAUUUGAAAGGAACUGCUGGAGGACUUGUCACUGUUGUGAAUUGGCUUAGUUCGUGGUUUGUUUCCUUAACGUUCAACUUUCUCAUGAUCUGGAGCCCUCAUGGUGCAUUUUAUGUCUAUGGUGGGGUUUGUGUAUUGGCCAUUAUCUUCAUAGCAAAACUUGUUCCUGAAACCAAAGGCAAGACAUUGGAAGAGAUUCAAGCAAUGAUGAUGUAAAUUAUUAAAUUUCAAUAUGUAUUAAGUUAUACCAAUAUCUGCAUGCAAAUGCAUUUUAUUUUUAAUGUUCUAUUGGUUCAAAAUAUCGUAGCAGUGCUUUUCUACAUUUUCUUGCAUAUUCUAAGAAUUGUUAAGCUUUAUUUGUCUUGUUUUUAGUAUUUUCAUAAUUUUAUUAUUAAAACA